CUCUCUCUCUCUUUACCUUUCAAGUUUUUUCUGUUACUUAUAUAUAUAUAUAUAUAUAUAUUCACAUGUCUGACCUCAUCCUCUCCCUCUUAUAAAGAUAUACAUCCCCACCCCGCCUGGUGUUGGUUUUCUAUAUGUACCUGGAAUAUCAAGCAAGAAAGGGGAGAUAGAGAGUUUCUUUGAUCCAAAUGAGAAAAACUGAAGAACCCAUUUGAGUUUUUUUAUCUGAUAUUUGGUAAGAGGAAAAAGGGUUUGAUUUGCUUUGAUUUGGUUUGGUAGUUUUAGGGGUUUGGUUGUUUCUUUUGGUUCCUUUGAGAGAGUUGUUUGUUGGUUGAAGAGAAGGAGAGAAUGGCCAUACAGGCGCAGUUGUAUUCAGAUAAUAUUGGGUUUCCAGUGUGCGGUUCCCAGGAUUGGAUUGACAAUGGUUGUGGUGUUGGUGGCGGGUUUAAUCAAUUCUGUUUCAGUCUUCAACAGAAACCGCAGCUACAACAACUGCAACAGUUGCAGCAGCUUCAAAAUCAGCAGACAAAGAAUCAAAGUCUUUAUUUUGACAACAGUCUUGUUCCCUUCUCUUUGAAGAACUUCAAUUCCACCUGCACCACCAGCAACAACAACAGCAACAAUCGUGAAUCAAUGAUGUAUUCCCAAAGCAUGGUUUCUCAAUUUGAGAAUCAAAGACAAGAGAUUGAUCAGUUUAUCAGAUCACAGAAUGAGAGAUUGAGAUUGUUACUGCAAGAACAAAGAAAGCAACAAGUUACAGUCUUGGUAAAGAAAAUAGAACCGAAGGCAUCUCUUUUACUUAGGCAAAAGGAUGAAGAGAUACUAAAAGCAACAAACAAAACAAUGGAGCUACAAAAUCUGUUGAAGAAGCUUGAGACGGAGAACCAGGUAUGGCAAAGAGUGGCACUGGAAAACGAAGCAAUGGUUGUGUCUUUAAACAACACGCUCGAACAACUACGAGAACAAGCUUAUUGUUGUUUCAACAAUGGAGUAGAUGAUGCAGAAUCAUGCUGUGAAGUGGACAGAGAAGGAAUGGAAACAGAGGAAAACAGAGGCAUUGCAGGGCUUGUUGCUUUCAAUCAUGGACAAGAACAAGAUGAAGAAAGAACAAGAAAGAAGACUCAUACGACAAUGGUUUGCAAAUCCUGCAAUUCUCGAAGUACGUGCGUUUUGUUCCUUCCUUGCAGGCAUCUUUGUUCAUGCAAGGAUUGUGCAGCUUUUCUUGAUUCUUGCCCUGUUUGUAGAACAGCAAAGAAAGCUAGCAUUGAGGCCUUGAUUUCCUAAGCACGAUAAAAAAUUUUCCUGGAAAAGUGAAAAAACACAAAAAGGAAGAAAAAAAAAAGGAUAAAAAUAGAAAAUCUGAUAAUGAUGGAUGAACAUAACCCAUGUGGAUGGCAGAAAUUAGGUCCUUUUUUUUUUUUUUGCCGUUUUAGGUACUCAGGGAUUCAAUUAGAUCGAAUGUGCACUUAAACAAGCAAAAAAAAAAAAAAAUCAAUUGAACAGAAAUUUACAGGAAUAUGACAGAGCAUC